CGUGGUUGGGUUCACCGCGACCGGACGAGCAGAGAACCCAAACGGGUCAGCAACACCGGCGACGCACCAAUAACCCACUCCCGGCGAAGCCAACCACAAAAUUGACCCUUCCUCCAAUGGCGUGCGCGUGCUCCCCCGAACCCCGGCUCAUCGCAAGCGCGUGAUUCAUUCCGCGCAACCUCCAUUCCACGGCGUCGGUGCGGUGUUCCCUCUCCAGUCCGCCUCUCCCCCUCUGUCUCUCUCGUGUUGUUUAUUCUUGCACCCCGAGACGGACGGCAGGAGGAGGAGGAGAGCACCGUCCAACUCCCAGCCAGCGCCGGCCAGUUCCUUCCUCGCCGCCGUUCCGCGGGUGAUUCCCGGAGCCUGAGUUGCCGAGCUGCAGGUCCGGUUCGUCUUCUUCUCCUGGUUGAGCCUCAGUAAGUUGAAGACAACAUGUUUCGUAGGAAGCACGCUUCUCAUUUCAAUUCAGAUGAUGCUGAGCAGCGACAAGCAAAGAUCAACGAACUGAGAGCUGCACUUGGGCCUAUGUCUGCCCGUGGCGAAAAGUACUGCAGUGAAGCAUGCUUGGCAAGGUAUCUCGAAGCCCGCAACUGGAAUGUCGACAAGUCUAGGAAAAUGUUGGAAGAAAGUCUCAAGUGGAGGGCACUUAGCAGGCCUGAGGAUAUUCGCUGGCCUGAUGUUUCUGUGGAAGCAGAAACAGGUAAAAUGUACAGGGCAACUUUCACCGAUAGAGAAGGGAGAACUGUCGUUAUUAUGAGACCUGCAAAGCAGAAUACAUCGUCUCAUGAAGGCCAGUUGCGGUAUCUUAUAUACACCCUGGAGAAUGCAGUUCUCAGCCUGCCUCAGGGUCUAGACAAAAUGGUGUGGUUGAUAGACUUCACAGGAUGGACACUGGCCAAUGCAACCCCCAUAAAGACUGCCAGAGACAGUGCGAAUAUCCUGCAAAACCAUUACCCUGAGAGGCUCUCUGUUGCGUUUUUGUUCAAUCCCCCCAAAGUAUUUGAGGCUUUCUUUAAGGUUAUCAAAGUAUUCCUUGACCCGAAAUCAAUCCAGAAAGUCAACUUUGUGUACAAGGACAACGAGGAGAGUAUGAAGACAAUGUACAAGCACAUUGAUCCAGAAGUCCUUCCGGUGGAGUUUGGAGGGAAGAACAUUGUGGUGUACAACCAUGAGGAUUACUCCAAGUUGAUGACAAAGGAUGACAUCAAAACAGCAAGCUUUUGGGCGGCAGACGGUAGCCAUGCCGUAAAUGGGGGCUCGGUGCCUCAGGUCAUACCGCAGUCCUCACCAAUUGUUGCUAAAGCAAGUUGAGGAACAUCGGCCAGCCAUCUCACCUGUUAUUGCAAAAGUAUAUAUAUAUAUAUAUAUAUAUAUAUAUAUAUAUAUGUAACUGCAGAAUAUCUCGCUUGUGAUGUUACAAAAAUAGUUAUUACUAGUAUAUCCCCAAACAAGUGAUCUCACAACAGUUCCAUAUUCCCUUGGCCAACAAUUUCAAACACCAAAGAAUAAUUCACCUAUUAUUUAGCUGUCUUCCAUCUGUAUUUUAUUAUACACUUAAAUUUGUAAUAUGCAGCUGCCAUUUCAGGAAUAUUAAUUUAAUUUGUUUUUUACCA